CCCGCAGCAAGAAGCAAACGGCGCUGCUUCCUCCUGUGGUCUUUUCUCGCCUCCUCAUCCCCAUCCCCACCGCCGAGCACGACCCACCGCGGCAGUCACGCACCGAGCCCACCGAGCGAUCGGCACGUCAGCCAUCCGAAGGGUCCGGGCGCCAUGGCGGGCCCCCGUUAGAGAGCUACAGCCAGAUUUUGGACAACCACCCCCCCACCCCCUUUUGUUCUCUCCCUCGACGCGAAUCGUCGCGCUCCUUCGCCGAGGAGAAGCUCUCUUCCUUUGCAGCGAGGAAGAGGAGGAGGCGGAGGAGGAGGAGGUCUUUGAGGCGGAAUGGCGGACCGUGAGGCGUCGCCGAUACCGUUGGAGAUCCGAGCCCGGCUGGCGGAGCUGGAGCUCGAGCUGUCAGAGGGCGACAUCACUCAGAAGGGUUAUGAGAAGAAGAGGUCCAAGCUGAUCAGGGCGUACAUUCCACACGCUGGAGGUAUGGAAGGUCCAAUGUCUCACCGGGUCCCGCUCGGGCCUCCCUCUGCCGCCCGCUUCCACCGCCGGCGAACGUCGGGCACGAGAGACGAACGCUACCGCUCAGACGUCCACACGGAGGCGGUGCAAGCUAUGUUGGCGCGACAUGUGGAGAGGAAGGUGGCGGUGCCCAUGCCCUCCAAGAGACGUUCUCUGGUGGUGCAGACAUCCAUGGACGCCUACACGCCUCCAGGCCUGUCGCCUCUGUGCUCAGACUCCUCUUCGGGCUCAGAGGAGGAGGCGGGGCCGGGCGACGAUAUGUCGGGCAUGGAGCACUGGAUGGGCCGCCCCUCUCAGCUGGGUCCCGCCCACCUGGGCUCCACCUCCUCCUCGUCCUCAUCCACGCAAAGCGGCGGGAGUGGCAAUGCCGGGCGGCUGGCUGACUCGCUAGCGCACACGCACAUUUCUCACCUGGCGCACCUGGCACACUCGCACCUGGGCCAGUCACACCUGCAGCAGAGCCACCUGGUGCCGUCACAUCACGGCAUCGGCCACCUGUCACUGAAGAGGAAAGGAGCGCUGAGCGUCGCUGAGAAUGGAGGAUCUUUACGGCGGUCCUGUGAGUUUGGAUCAGACAUGCUGUGGCCGCCCCCGCUGGAAUCCGACGAAAAUCACUCGGGACCCCCGGACGUCACAGGCUACUCAUCGGACUCGCCCCACUCCCACACGGAGCGCCAUCAUAUGUCCAACAUGGGGACCAUCGCCCGGAACACGCAGAAGUACGGCAACGCGGAGCGCAUGGAGACAGGCGACGGCGUCCCAGUCAGCAGCCGCGUGUCGGCAAAGAUCCAACAGCUUGUCAACACGCUCAAGCAACCUCGCCGGCCGCCGCUGCGAGAGUUCUUUGUCGACGACUUUGAUGAACUUCUUGAAGUCCAACAGCCCGACCCCAACCAGCCUCGUCCCGAGGGGGCUGAGAUGAUGCCGGUGCGGGGCGACUCACUUGGCGUGGUCACCAACUGGCCCCCCUCACUAGAGGCCGCCCUCCAACGCUGGGGGACCAUCUCCCCUAAAGCCCCCUGCCUCACCAGCCUGGACACGUCUGGCAAACCCCUCUACGUCCUCACAUAUGGGAAGCUGUGGUCUCGCAGCAUCAAGCUGGCCUACAACAUCCUCCACAAACUGGGCAGCAAGCAGGAGCCCAUGGUGCGACCUGGCGACAGGGUGGCGCUGGUGUUCCCUAACAACGACCCAGUGGCCUUUGUGGUGGCCUUCUACGGCUGCCUGCUAGCAGAGGUUGUCCCAGUUCCCAUAGAGGUGCCCCUUAGCCGCAAGGAUGCAGGCAGUCAGCAGAUUGGAUUCUUGUUGGGGAGCUGUGGUGUCACCGUGGCGCUGACCAGCGACGCCUGCCAUAAGGGUCUGCCCAAGAGCGCAACAGGAGAGAUUCCACAGUUCAAAGGGUGGCCCAAACUGCUUUGGUUUGUCACCGAGUCCAAACACCUGUCCAAGCCUCCCAGGGACUGGUUCCCUCACAUCAAGGAUGCCAACAACGACACCGCCUACAUCGAGUAUAAAACGUGCAAAGACGGCAGCGUGCUGGGCGUCACAGUGACCAGGAUCGCUCUGCUCACACACUGCCAGGCCCUCACUCAGUCCUGCUGCUACACUGAGGCCGAGACCAUCGUCAACGUUCUGGACUUUAAGAAGGACGUGGGCCUGUGGCACGGCAUCCUGACGAGUGUAAUGAACAUGAUGCACGUGAUCAGUGUGCCCUACUCGCUGAUGAAGGUCAACCCUCUAUCGUGGAUCCAGAAAGUGUGCCAGUACAAAGCCAAGGUGUCAUGUGUGAAGUCCAGAGACAUGCAUUGGGCUCUGGUGGCCCACAAGGACCAGAAAGACAUCAACCUGAGCUCGCUGCGCAUGCUGCUUGUGGCCGAUGGCUCCAACCCUUGGUCCAUCUCGUCCUGCGAUGCCUUCCUCAACGUCUUUCAGACCAAAGGCCUGCGAGCUGAGGUCAUCUGUCCCUGCGCCAGCUCGCCCGAGGCCCUGACGGUCGCCAUCAGGAGGCCGGUGGAGGACAGCAGUCAGCCUCCAGGCCGUGGCGUCCUGUCCAUGCAGGGCCUGAGCUACGGUGUGGUCCGCGUCGACACAGAGGAGCGCCUGUCCGUCCUCACCGUGCAAGACGUCGGCACGGUGGCCCCCGGAGGUCUGGUGUGUGUGGUCAAGCCCGAAGGCGUCCCCCAGCUCUGUCAAACUGAUGAGAUCGGCGAGCUGUGCGUGUGCGCCAUCGCCACCGGCACCUCCUACUACGGCCUCACCGGCAUGACAAAGAACACCUUUGAGGUGUACCCGGUGAGCUCCAGCGGCGGGCUUAUCAGCGAGUACGCCUUUGUGCGGACCGGCCUGCUGGGCUUCAUCGGACCAGGAGGCCUCGUCUUUAUCACCGGCAAGAUGGACGGCCUCAUCAUGGUCAGCGGGCGUAGGCACAACGCGGACGACAUUGUCGCCACGGCGCUGGCGGUGGAGCCCAUGAAGUUUGUCUACAGGGGAAGGAUAGCGGUGUUCUCCGUGACCGUGCUGAGGGACGAGAGGAUCGUGGUGGUCGCCGAGCAGCGGCCAGACUCCACGGAGGAAGACAGCUUCCAGUGGAUGAGCCGUGUUCUGCAGGCCAUAGACAGCAUUCACGGGGUGGGCGUGUUCUGCCUGGCUCUGGUUCCGGCCAACACGCUGCCCAAGACGCCUCUGGGUGGCAUCCACCUGUCUGAGAUCAAGCAGCUGUACCUGGAGGGGGGGUUGCACCCCUGCAAUGUCCUCAUGUGCCCCCAUACCUGCGUCACCAACCUGCCCAAACCCCGGCAGAAGCAGCCAGAGAUCGGUCCCGCCUCUGUGAUGGUGGGCAAUCUGGUGUCGGGCAAGCGGAUCGCUCAGGCCAGUGGGAGAGAUCUUGGACAGACUGAUGACAACGACCAGUUCCUCUUCCUGUCGGAGGUUUUGCAGUGGCGAGCUCAGACCACUCCAGACCACGUUCUCUACACUCUGCUCAGCUCCCGGGGGGCGGUCUCCAGCUCGCUCACCUGCCUGCAGCUGCACAAGAGGGCGGAGCGAGUGGCGGCGCUGCUGAUGGAGAGAGGCGGCCUCCAGGAAGGGGACCACGUAGCUCUGGUCUACCCGCCAGGUAUCGACCUGAUUGCAGCCUUCUACGGCAGCCUGUACGCCGGCUGCGUGCCCAUCACGGUGCGGCCGCCGCACCCGCAGAACAUCUCCACCACGCUGCCAACCGUCAAGAUGAUUGUGGAGGUAAGUCACUCUGCAUGUGUGAUGACCACGGCCGUCAUCUGCAAGCUGCUUCGCUCCAAAGAGGCCACGGCGACGGUGGAUAUCAGGAACUGGCCUCCUGUCCUUGACACAGAUGACCUUCCAAAGAAGAAGCCCCCAUCUCUGUACAAACCCACCAACCCUGAUGGUUUGGCGUAUUUGGACUUCAGCGUGUCGACGACCGGCAUGCUGGCCGGUGUUCAGAUGUCCCAUAAUGCAGUUGGAGCCUUCUGUCGGUCAGUGAAGCUGCAGUGUGAGCUGUACCCCUCCAGGGAGGUGGCCAUCUGUCUCGACCCGUACUGCGGCCUGGGCUUUGUCCUCUGGUGUCUCUGCAGUGUCUACUCGGGCCACCAGUCCAUCCUGAUCCCGCCGGUGGAGCUGGAGACCAACCCAGCGCUCUGGCUGCUGGCCGUCAGCCAGCUGAGGGUGCGAGACACCUUCUGCUCCUACAGCGUCAUGGAGCUGUGCACCAAGGGUCUCGGCCUGCAGACCGAAGCCCUCAAGGCUCGUGGUCUAGACCUGUCCCGUGUCCGGGCCUGCGUGGUGGUGGCCGAAGAGAGGCCCAGGAUGUCCCUGACGCAUUCCUUCUCCAAGCUCUUCAAAGAUCUCGGCCUUCACCCGCGUUCUGUCAGCACGGCGUUUGGAUGCAGAGUCAACCUGGCCAUUUGUUUGCAGGGAACCUCAGGACCAGACCCCACCACAGUCUAUGUGGACAUGAGGGCGCUCCGCCAUGACAGGGUACGGCUGGUGGAGAGAGGUUCUCCUCACAGUCUGCCUCUGAUGGAGUCCGGCAAGAUCCUUCCUGGAGUCCGCAUCAUCAUCGCCAACCCUGAGACCAAAGGACCCCUGGGGGACUCGCACCUGGGAGAGAUUUGGGUGCACAGCGCUCACAACGGCAGCGGCUACUACAGCGGCUACGGCGAGGAGGUCCUCCAGUCGGACCACUUCAACUCCAGGCUCAGCUUUGGAGACACUCAGACGGUCUGGGCCAGGACGGGCUACCUGGGCUUCCUCCGCCGCACCGAGCUCACCGACGCCAAUGGAGAGAGACACGAUGCUUUGUUCGUGGUCGGCGCCCUGGAGGAGGCCAUGGAGCUGCGGGGCAUGAGGUACCACCCCAUUGACAUCGAGACCUCGGUCAUCCGCGCACACAAGAGCAUCAUGGAGUGUGCCGUCUUCCCGUGGACCAACCUGCUGGUGGUGGUGGUGGAGCUGGAAGGCUCGGAGCAGGAGGCGCUGGACCUGGUUCCCAUGGUGACCAAGGCGGUGCUGGAGGAGCACUACCUGAUCGUGGGCGUGGUGGUGGUGACGGACAUCGGCGUCAUCCCCAUCAACUCGCGUGGCGAGAAGCAGCGCAUGCACCUGCGCGACGGCUUCUUGCAGGACCAGCUGGACCCCAUCUACGUGGCCUACAACAUGUAGCGUGUGUGUGCGUGUGCAUAUGCGUUCCCCUCCCCCAACUCACCCCUCCUCCCUCCCCUCCAAAAAAUCGGUAUGGACUUUUUCUUCUUUUUUUUUUUUUUUUUUUUAAGCUUUGUGUGCUCUCGACUCCUCUUUUCACUAGUUGAGCGCCUUGGUGGACCCCCUCCCCUCCGCUAAGGGAAGCCUUAUAGGAACACUGUGCACGUGUCGCCUUGUUUAUGGGGACAAAAGACGGAGUGAAAGUCUUCACUGAAGGAGAAGGGGCCAGCCAGCUUCUUGUACAAAUAUAAAUAUUGUACAUUGACAUAAUCUAUAUGGAGAGGAACCUAAAAGACAAGGAGGUGUCUAGUAGCCCCUAUAUGCAGCCCUCUCCACCCACACCCUGUGAGUGUCUGUGUGAGUGUGUGUGAGAGAGACAGGGACAUUUUGUGUCGCUUUAAUGGGAAUUUUAACGGAUUUCAUCCAUCAGCAAGUGGAAAGAGGAAAACAGUUUCAAGCUGCAAGUGGAGUGGAAUGUCCAUGGAUACACAAAGAUCGUUUGCCGUGGAAGCAUGUCUCUAAAUGGUUAAAAAAAAAAAAAAAAAAAAAAAGGGA